UGUGGAAGCUCUAUUGGAACAGUGUGGAAGAUCCAUCUCAGUUGGACCUCCAGGACAGCUAUGGGGAAACUGUUCUUAUUUUUGCGUGUAAGAACAGGAACCUCAAAACUUGUUUAAACAACUACUUUCCAUGAAGGCUAAUCCAACCUUUGCAAUAACCAGGGGAAACCCUGUCUUGAUUGCAACAAUGGGGUGAUACAGAAAUCGUACAGGAGCUCUGGACAACGAUGCAGACCCAAUAUGGCGGCCAAGAGGCUUGGCAAGAUGCUAGCUGAUCACAAGGACAAGCAACAUGAGGGAGGUGUGCAUGCUUUUGAUGAGAUGGCCCGCGCUGAGCUGCGAAACUUCACAGACUUGGCCAGGAGACUCAAUCCACAACAGUUGUUUACCUCGAGGACACCAAGAGAUGUUCUGAGGCUGACAAUAAAAUCCCUGGCCACAGUCCAGAAGCACCUCAGUUUAGGUCCACUCAUGCUACCACUGAAACCUGAGAAGGAUGAAGGCAGAGAAGAGAUUAAUUCUCAAAAACAAAGAAGCGAGGAUGACGCUGCAACCGCUGGAAAGAAAGGAACAAGAAAUGACAGUUCCUUCCUACUACAAGUACGACGACAGAUACCCAGGAAUAAGGUUCUUUGGGAAUCCGUGGAAGCAAACGGUCACAGUGGCUGGUGCUCACAUCAGCUGGAGGGAGGAGAUAGGGGUGGAGUUUGUUAUCCCUCCCGGGGCAGUCCCUGCGGACAGAGAGCUGGAACUGAGUGUCUGGCCAUGUUGUGACGGUCCGUUCUCAUUGCCCGAUGACUGUGAACUAGCCAGUCCCUGUGUUCCUCGUCUCUCCCUCGUUUGAAUUCUCGCGUGACAUUUCCCUCACCAUGUCGCACUUCUCAAACCUAGAAAACUGCGGGACGACUGUGAGGAAAUGUUCUUCCUCUCGGCACCAGCCACUUCACACACGAGAGAGAGAGGCCGGUUGUAUCGGUUCAGAGUCCUUGGAGAGGGGAUUUCAAACCUCAUCAGAAUGACGGUCGAAUUCUGCUCACUCAUUUCUGUACGAUAACUACUGGUCGUAAGUGCAAGAAGCCCUCAGAAAAUCCUUCUAGUAAACGAAUGAGAGAUGACAAUCGAUAUGUGUGCCAAGUUUAUCGAGGCAAGGAGUAUGACGACACUGUUCUAUUUCUGCCUUUCUUCACCAUGAGUUGUAUUUCACUAAACUGCAAAAGUUGUGAAGGAGAACUUCUCUUCUAGGCUUUUCUCGCUUUCUUUCGAGCCAAUCAGCCUUCUAGAGGACAAAGUAGCGCUAAAGUGGCCCUUUGAUAUGGGAUGGCAAUAUACUCCUGACAAUGAACCUUGUGAGCUAACCAAAGAAAUGAUGGACUCCAGUAAUAGCUUCCCAUAUCCUCCGACAAUCAAGCUGGAUAUCGAGAGAGAACCCUAAUUCAAGUUUUCAGUCCACUAGAAUUCUUGUGGAGAUAUUGGGUAUCACAGAGUGGGGAAGGAAAUACACACUGAAGCCAAAGCAAGGCACCAGUCCAUGUUAUUCGCUAUCAUCAAAUUCUUCUGGUCCAUUCAGUCCACCGCUCCAGUCCCCACAGACUCCCCUACACAGUCACUUGCAACAUCACGUUCACUUUCAAGCUCUUCCUCUCUCUCAGACACUGCCACUGAGCUCCAAAACUUGAUGAUGUAAUCAGUCGUAAGUCCCUUGCAGAAAUAGCAAGAAAAUCACCAGCUGGAAACCUCUGGGGCCAUACCUGGACCUCAGUAGACAACAGGAAGAGGAGAUUGCACAGAAAUACAAGGACAACCUCGGAAUGCAGAAACGAGAGUGUCUGGAGGUGUGGAAGGAGGUAAAGGGGAGAAGGGGCCACGUACAAAGCCCUCAUCUCAGCAGUAGAGGAAGCAGAAGACAUGCAGUUGGCAGGCUAUGUGAGGUCACUUCUAGAGAAAUGAACCACCAUUGCAAAUGUCUAGCGUUACAUGUGUACACAGAAGUCUCUGAAUCCUGUGGCGGCUC